UACAUAUAUGGGAAAAGAAUAUAAUAUUUCACGGACCAUUAAUCUAACUACUUUUGAACCACUAAAGAAAAAAUCUCUAGAGAUAAUUUACCCAAAGAACAACUCAGUUGAAGUCAAACCAGGAUCCAGAUUUGACAUGGUUUGUAAUGUCUCAGUAGAUCCUCUGGAUAGAGCAUCUCUAGUCUGGGAGUUCAAUGAUGAGAACUUAAAAAACAUAGAUAAGGAGUAUAAGUAAGUACAACAGGAUAUUUUCCAAUGGUCUCUGAAUUAUUACAUUUUCAUUCUAUGC